UUUUUUUUUUGUUCUCCUCGUGAUGCUUCACUUCGCCCUGAGUAUACUGAAACGCCGAGCCGCAACAGGGGCCGCGUUGGCGCUCGCGCUCGAAGGCGAUCGCUUGACUCCCUCCAACUUUCGGCGGCGAGAUGCUAGCGUCGGACUUCUCGGUGGAGGUUCGGUCCUUCGUCAAUGCUCAUUCCAUUCGCCAUCCUCGUCAAGCCCUAGCCUUUCUAUAUGGAGGAGGAAAAAGGAGAUGGGGAAAGAAGGUCUUUUUGUUAUCCACCAGCUCAAGCGACUGGGAUCCGGCCCUCGACUGGACCACUUUAUGAGGACGCACGUUUCUCGGCUUCUCAGGACUGAUCUCCUUGCGGUGCUUUCAGAGCUCCAGCGCCAGGACAACAUUUCCCUAUCCAUGAAGAUAUAUGAAGUUGCUAGGAAAGAAAUCUGGUAUCACCCUGACAUGUUCUUCUAUAGAGACAUGCUUAUAAUGCUUGCGAGGAACAAAAGAGAGGAAGAGACUCGACAUGUUUGGGCUGAUCUAAGGACUGAAGCUGUGCGAUUUGAUCAGCAUACAUAUGGAGACAUUGUGAGAGCCUUCACAGACGGGGGUUUACCUUCACUUGCUAUGGAAUUUUAUGAUGAAAUGAGAAGCUCUCCUGACCCACCUCUAUCUCUACCAUUCAGGGUCAUUUUGAAAGGUCUCAUACCAUUCCCUGAUCUCAGAGAGAAAGUAAAAGCUGACUUUUUGGAGCUGUUUCCAAAUAUGAUUAUUUAUGAUCCACAUGAAGAUUUCGACUACGAAGAAGGUUAAGGAGAUUUGCUAGUUUUUAUCGUGGAAUUUAGCUGGCGAUAUCUUUUUUCAUAUAAAAUUUUUGUACUAAAAUUUCGUUUUAAAAAAGAAUAAAUAAGUCAGUCUCAAACGAAGCCUUAGUUUUCAACUCGCUAAUUCAAAAUUA